AUGCCAUACUUACGGUUGGCCAGAUUUGGGGACGUCGUAUUGAUCCGAAGGUUUGACUUGAGGCCAAACUUACUAUCUGCCUUGGUUGAGCGGUGGUGUACGGAGACCCACACCUUCAUUAUGCCAUGCGAGGAGUGCAUUAUCACAUUAGAAGACGUUGCUAUGCAACUUGGGUUACGAGUUGACGGUACUGUGGUCACGGGUCGAAGCAAAGUGUUGGAACCUUCUGUAGUAUGCCACAGACUGCUUGGACGGUCUCAUCGUGAUGAGGAACAGAAUUUCACAUGCUUGACAUUAGCAUGGUUGAGAGCAAAUUUUAAGCAGUUAUCGAGCAUUGCCACUGAGCAGGAGGUGAUGUAUGUUGCUCGAGCCUAUAUUAUGCAGCUGAUUGGGGGGGUACUUCUUCCGAACAACACGUCUAAUAGAGUCCACUUAAAGUACUUUCCUCUAUUGGAGGAUUUUUCUCGUGCCGGUAGUUACAGCUGGGGAUCUGCAGUGUUGGCUGCAUUAUACUAUGAGCUCUGUCGUGCAACAAAACAUAGGGUUAGUAAUAUGGCUGGUUGUCUGGGUCUACUACAGUCUUGGGCUCUAUACAGGAUGCCGUUUCUAGCGGCUGUUAGGCACCAACCAUAUUCAUGGCCACUUAUAAAUAGAUGGGCGACGUCUCCGGGAAUUGGUGCGAGCCAGACAUUAAUCAUUUACCGUCAAAUAAUAGAGGCGUACGUCGGAGAGAAAUUUUUGUGGAUGCCGCCAGUGCUCAACUUCUCAACCGUUGAGUGGUACGACGGUGAUCGAGUUAUGCGACAAUUUGGGUGUAAACAAUUUGUGCCGGUCGAGCCACAACAGUUUGCUGAUGUCCGCGGUAAGACCAUGCAGGGGAGACAUACAUUAGAUUGGAGCGUGGAACAUCAAUGUUAUGUAGCACUAUGGAAUACCUGGUACGACAGGCAGCCUGAGAUGCACUCCUGCAUGUUUGACUUUAGUCCCUGGACAGAAUAUAUGCAGUGGUACAUGAAUCAAUGGCGAGUUUAUUUAUAUGGUGGACAACUUAUGAUAGUACCAGGUCACGGCUACAGACGUGGAAAUCAACCUACGGUGGAGGUAGAGGAUCAACAUAUGGCGGAGCCCGACUCAAAGGACCAAGUUUUAAACACAUCGGAGCAAUGGGUUGACACUUUUUGUGAUGAGUCCCAGAGUAGUUCAUAUAACCCGGACAUAGGUAGUUCGAGUUCAUAUCACCCGGACAUGGGUGGUUCAAGUUCAUAUCACCCGGACAUGGGUGGUUCGAGUUCAUAUCACCUGGAUAUAGGCGGUUCGAGUCUAUUUGACCUAGAGGAACCACUGACAUCAGUUGAUAUGUUUGGUAAUAACAUGUACUCCACCCCGCCUGAGGCCACGAUCGACCCAGUUUCCAAUCCUUCAGAUGUGUACAAUAGACCUCAACGUCCACCCCGUCAACGAAGGCCCCUAAACCGUUAUACCUCGAACAAUGAUACCACUCCUGGUUCUUUCCAAUUUUAA